AUGCCGCACAUCGUGGAAUCUCCUGCCAUGCCCACCGUCGUCGACAAAACCCAGUCCGCCGUUCCCCCGACUGUGGAAGAGAUCGGCUCUCUUCUCAACACCAUCUUUUCUGCCGAUACCUCGCAGCAGUCCCUCGAUGCCUCCUAUGCCUUGACUAACCUUCUCAUCCAGAGCGUCGGCUGCGCCGGUCUGCUCAACUACAAUGUCAUCGCUGAAGCGAAAAAGGCUGCGGCCGAUAAGAAGAAUGGAGCCAAGCGGGAAAGUGCCAUGUUGAUCAUUGGCGCUUUGUUCGAGCGAUUCCCGCGCGAGCACCCCUUGAGCGAAGUCGUCUUCCUGCUGCACGAUGGUGGUGUGCUCAAUGUCGCUCUGGAUGCCCUGGCAGACAAGGGCACUGUGGUGCGCGAUUCGGCCCAGUACGCUAUUGAUGCUCUGUUCGCUUCGCUCAGCCCCGAGGCGAUGGUCAACGCGCUCUUGCCGGCUUUGCAGCGGUACCUUGGCAAGGGAUCUGGCAAGUGGCAGGGCUUUGUUGGCGCCUAUAAACUGCUUGAAAAGAUGGCCGUCAAUGCGCAAAUUGGUAAUGGAUCUAAGGAGGAGGAACUGCAGAAGGAUCUGCUACGCGAGGCUAUGGGCAAGACUCUCAAGGAGCUCAUUCCCAUUGUCGAGUCCGGCAUGCAUGACUUGAAGCCCGAAGUCGCCAAGCAGUCCAUCAAGACGAUGACUGCCUUGACCACUCUUCUCUCAAACGACGACGUUGCUCCUCGUAUCCCGCUACUCAUCAAGACUAUGGAGCAGCCUUCCGAGAAGACCCUGGAAAAUGCGAUCCACGCUCUCUCCCAGACAACCUUCGUCGCGAUUGUUACCUCUCCCGUACUGGCGCUUCUGACUCCUCUGCUUGAACGGUCCCUGAACUCCCCCCGGACCCCGCAGGAAACCCUUCGACAAACCGUCGUUGUGGUGGAGAACUUGACCAAGCUGGUUCAUGAUCCGGCAGAGGCGCGGACUUUCCUCCCCAAGCUUCAACCCGGUGUGAAGGCUGUCAAGGACCGUGCCUCGCUGCCCGAGGUCCGGGAACUGGCCACGCGUGCUCUCGAUGUCAUCGAGAAGGCCAUGGGCGACCACGAGGUUGCCUCUGGUUCGAUCGUCAAGACCACUCCUGAAGACGUUCUCGCCGUGUUGAACCCAAAGAUCCAAGAGCAUGGCGGUCUGCGCGGCUUCGGCGAUGCCAAGUUCCACGACCUGGUCAAGUCUUUCAUCGCGGGUAUGGUUCGGGAAGAUGUCAACUGCCGCAUGCACAACCGCAUCCCCGCUUGCAUUGGUCCAUAUCUUCGCGGCCUGGUCGCCGAUGACCAGUCAGACGCGCUUGCUGAGGCCGUACAAACGCACUUUGUUGAAGAAGAUCACCGCAAAUUUGGCAAGCCUGUUCAGGACGAUCCCAAUGCGGUCGAAAUCGUCAACGCCGACUUCUCCCUUGCCUACGGAGGCAUGCUGCUGCUUUCUCACACAAACCUACGCUUGCUGAAAGGCCAUCGCUACGGUCUCUGUGGCCGCAACGGUUGCGGAAAGUCGACGCUGAUGCGCAGUAUCGCCAAUGAAAAGCUGGAAGGUUUCCCGCCACAAGACGAAGUGCGCACUUGCUUUGUCGAGCAUAAUCAGGGCGAGGAUGCCGAUCUCAGCAUCCUCGAAUACGUUUCCAAAGAUCCCAAAAUUUCCGACCAGGGCAAGGAACACAUCAGCGAAGUCCUGCUGGAAUUCGGAUUCACUGAUGGACCCGAAGGACGUCAGUCUCAGCCGGUUGGCUCGCUGUCCGGUGGAUGGAAGAUGAAGCUGGCUUUGGCCCGCGCGAUGCUCAUGAAGGCGGACGUGCUCCUGCUGGACGAACCGACUAACCAUCUCGAUGUGGCGAACGUUAGGUGGCUGCAGGACUACCUCAAGCAACAUACCGACAUCACCAGUCUGAUUGUCAGUCACGAUUCUGGUUUCUUGGAUGAGGUCUGCACCGACAUCUACCACUACGAGGGAAAGAAGCUCGUCAACUACGUGGGCAACCUUGCCGACUUCGUCAAGGUCAAGCCUGAGGCCAGUAGUUACUACACUCUGUCGUCAUCCAACGUGCAGUUCAAGUUUCCUCCUCCAGGCAUCUUGGCUGGUAUCAAGUCUCAGACUCGCUCCAUUCUCCGGAUGACCAACUGCUCGUACACUUACCCGGGUGCCCCCCGUCCGUCUCUUAGUGAGGCCUCGCUGUCGCUGACGCUGUCCUCCCGUGUGGCCAUUAUCGGCGGUAACGGUGCAGGCAAAUCGACUUUCAUCAAAAUGCUGACGGGCGAAACGAUCCCUCAGAGUGGCAAGGUUGAGAAACAUCCCAAUCUUCGUAUUGGAUACAUCAAGCAGCACGCUCUUGAGCACGUCGAGAUGCACUUGGAGAAGACCCCAAGCCAGUAUCUCCAGUGGCGAUAUGCCAACGGGGAUGAUCGCGAGGUGUUCCUGAAGCAAACGCGUAUCCUAACUGAUGCCGACAAGGCUCAACUGGAGACGCCUAUUGAUCUGGGUGAUGGUCGUGGACCCCGUCGCAUUGAGGCGUUGAUCGGUCGCCAAAAGUGGAAGAAAUCCUUCCAGUACGAAGUGAAAUGGAUUGGGCUGCUUCCCAAACACAACACCAUGAUUUCCCGCGAGACGCUCUUGGAACGAGGAUUCUUCAAGAUGGUCCAAGAGUUUGAUGACCACGAGGCGUCCCGCGAAGGCUUGGGUUUCCGCGUCCUCGACCCUAAGACCAUCUCCAAGCACUUUGAGGAUGUUGGACUGGACCCCGAGAUCGCCAAUCACAAUGAGAUCUCCGGUCUGUCCGGUGGACAGAAGGUGAAGGUUGUGCUGGCCGGUGCGAUGUGGAACAACCCGCAUCUGCUGGUUCUGGACGAGCCGACCAAUUUCUUGGACCGUGACUCACUCGGUGGCCUAGCAGUGGCCAUUCGUGACUUCAAGGGAGGUGUGGUCAUGAUCUCUCACAACGAGGAGUUCGUGGGCGCCCUCUGUCCGGAGCAGCUGCACAUCGCCGAUGGCCGUAUUGUCAGCCGUACCAACACGGCGGUCUCUCUCGAUCGCUUCGAGGACAGCGCCAACAAUUCGCCUUCUGCCCCGGGCACUCCUGCGGCCGCCUCUGCCAACACCAGCGCUGCUGCGUCGGCCGUCAACUCCGGCGCCGAGGAUACCGGCGAGCUCAAGUUCCGCGCGAAGAAGAAGAAGAAGAUGACUCGCGCCCAGCUGAAGGACCGUGAGGUCCGCCGCCGUCUGCGGCACAUUGAGUGGCUGAACUCGCCCAAGGGCACCCCGAAGCCCGUCGACACGGACGAUGAGGCCUAA